AUUGCAUGUUGGUGGUUACUGUAAGCACUUACAAAACUCCAAGUCAUGAGCUGCAGCAUUGUCUGCAAAGUGCAAACCAAAGCAUCGCUCAUUACUGAUACUUUCCAUUCCUUAAGGAAUAGAAAUACAGUAGUACAGUGCUUAAAAUUGCAGAUGUUAUUGGCGAGUUUGGUUGUUUCGUCUGACCAAUCAACUGGAAAAUGCCCGUGCAAUUCAAACAUUCGGGAAUUUGUGUGGGGACGCUUACUCCUAUGAAGGAAAAUGGAGACAUAAAUUUGGAUGUAAUUCCGCAGUAUGCGGAAUAUCUCAUCAAUGCAAAAGUUAAUGCUGUUUUCGUGAAUGGGACAACCAGCGAAGGUCUAUCACUUUCCAAUGAAGAGCGUAAACAGCUGGCCGAAAAGUGGAUACAAACCGCCAAAGGAAAAUUGAAGGUCAUCGUCCAUUGCGGCGCUGUCGCACUGCGAGAUGCGCAAGAACUGGCAAAGCACGCAGAAAAAUGCGGUGCGGAUGCGAUUGCUUCAAUCCCUUCCUUUUAUUUCCCACCCCGUACUGUCCAAGAACUAGUUCGGUCGGUCGCCGAAAUCGCGUCUUCGGCUCCAGAUAUUCCUUUUAUUUAUUAUCAUUCGCCUCGCACCCAUGUCGAUUUGGACAUUGCAUCGUUUAUGCUGUUGGCAAAAGAAAAGAUUCCAAACUUUGCCGGUAUCAAGUGGGCGACGUCCAAUGCUGCUGACGCAUAUAAAUGUGUGACAAAAAUUAAUAACGAUGAUGUUACUGUGAUGUGGGCAGAAGAUGACACUAUUCUUGGAGCAUUAAGUAUGGGAAUUAGUUCCUUCAACGGGAGUUCCUACAGCAUUACGGCACCCUAUGCGCACAAGAUUAUCGAAGCGUACGAGAAGAAUGAUGGGAAAUCCGCCGAUAUCAGCCAGAUCAAAAUGAAGCAGAUUGUCGAUCUGCUGGAGAAGAACGGAAACUGGCUACAAAGAACAAAGGCGGCCGUCAGUAUGAUUGGUCUGCCUAUGGGUCCGACCCGACUUCCGGUGCAAAUGCUGGAUGCGAGUGAACACAAAGAACUGGAGCAGGAACUGAGAGAUAUGGGUCUUCUCCACAGUUGUCGUUAAAAAAAGUGACAAAACAUGCUUGCUAUUGAUACAGCGUAUUCUUUCCCACAAUGUACUUCGCAUUUUCAACUAAUAAAAAGAGAUAAAACGAUCUCAGUUAAACGGCUUGCAAUUUGGUAAUCAACAAUCUUCGACAAAAUGUUUUACAUUUAUUGCAGUUAUAGAGCUGGCUAGUCCUGGCAGACAUGGGUACCUUGUUGCAAUAUUAAAGAGACAAUAGGUAAAUCAUU